GUUAUAAUUAAGCGCGGGUCCUGAUGUUUUUAAAUUGUUGACAGUUCAUUAUAAAUGAAUAAUUUACCUCCUAGUGUUGAUGUGUCAAAUGCUGUUAAAUUGUAUAUCCCGGAGUUUUUCGAACGUGAAGAGGAACAUUUUGAUUUGGUUGUUGUAACUUAUGAUGGUGAAUUAUUAGAAAUACAAAAUAGAAAUAUUAUUUCGACGUGUAAAAUAUGUAAUAAAGUUAAAGGAAAUGUAGCUGUGAAGAUAUGUUAUACUUAUUAUCCUAAAAUUAAGUAUUACCUUGUGCAUGCCAAUGGAAUGUUAUUUGCUGUAAAAAAGAUGGAACCGUAUAACCUGCAGGUGUCUCGUAUACUUGACAAUGUUGAAUACUUUUCUGUUGAAGAUAGAGAUAACUCAGGCAUACCUCAAAUUGUUGUUUUCAAUAUAAAUAAAUUAGUCUCGAUUCAUACUUUGUUUGAUCUUCUUAUAAAAUCUGACAAUAAUACAUCAAAAAUUAUUGCUCCUGCUGUCUUAAAAUUAUAUUCACACAUUCAUGCUAUCCGUUUGCAGAUUAAAAAAGUUGAACAACUUUUAAUUGAGAAAAAGUCAUUAAUUUCUCGUAUGUCAGCUGGCUACAUGUUCAUCACAAUUGAAAAUAUCACUUUUGACUGUGAUGAAGAGCUUGUUACUGUAUUCGGGAAAAAAUGUAAGGAAACAUCUAAGAUAAGACAUUUUCCAUUUUCUUUUGGUAAGCCUUGGAUCAAAGUUUGUUUUGAUUUUUGGGUAAUUGGUUUUUUUGUGUCCAAUCUUCAAAACAGGUAAGUUUCUUGAAUCUAAUGACAUUUGAAAUAUUUUAAUAGGCAGAUAAUAAAAUUUGAAAAACAUUAGCAUAUCUCUAAUGAUCUGAUAAAUAUUUAUUUAUUUAUUGUUAUUUUUUAUGCUGUAAGAAGUCAUU